AAUCCGCCCGCAGACUCCUGCAGCGGAUCACAAACAUGAUUUAUCUCCUCGUCGCCGUUGCGCUCGUCGCAGCUCUUUACGUCGUCUUGGUAGAGACGUUGUUUAAGAAGUCGACAUGCAAGGGAACCGCUGAUAUGACCGGGAAAACUGCCAUUAUUACAGGCGGGAAUACUGGUAUCGGUAAGGCCACAGCUCUAGAUCUGGCAGGUCGUGGGGUAAGAGUCAUUUUGGCCUGCAGGAACCAGAAGAAAGCUGAGGCAGCUAUAAAUGAAGUCAAGAAGGCCACAGGAAGCAAUGACGUACUGUUCAUGGAGCUUGAUCUUGGAAGCUUCAAAUCUGUGCGAGCUUUUGCUCAGAACUUCCUCAAAUCUGAGUCAAGACUGGAUCUGCUCAUCAAUAAUGCAGGUCUUGUGGCGGAUGGUCGAACCGAGGAUGGUUUUGGCAUAGAGUUUGGUGUCAACCAUCUUGGCCAUUUUCUGCUUACGUGUCUUCUGCUGGAUCGUCUGAAGGAGAGUCCUGCUGCUCGUGUUAUCACUCUGUCCUCCAUGGCCCAUCGCUGGGGCAAGAUUGAUUUAGAUUCUCUUGUUGCCACCAAAGACCUUGGUUCAGGAAGAUACAGCUGGCAGUUUUUCCAGGCCUACUGCAACAGCAAGCUCUGUAAUGUUCUGUUCACUCAUGAACUGGCCAAGAGACUGAAAGGCACAAACGUCACCUGCUACACUGUUCAUCCAGGUGUUGUAAAGACUGAGCUCUCCCGCCAUGUGAGUCUCUGGCAGAAGGUUUUCAUCGAGCCAGUGGCUAGACUGAUGUUCCUCGACCCAAAAACCGGAGCCCAAACAACUCUGCAUUGUGCCGUUCAGGAAGGAAUCGAGCAUUUGAGUGGACGUUAUUUCUCAUGCUGCGCUGUGGAGGAAGUCUGUGACAAAGCCAAAGAUGACACGAUGGCCAAAAAGCUUUGGGAAGUCAGUGAACGACUGAGCUGCCUUUCAUAAACCCAGAGGAACUGUUUUAUUUCUGGUGGCUGUCUGUGAACUCUAUUUAUCCCUAAAGGGGGGGGAAAAAACUAUGAAGUGAUGGAACUUAUUAUGGCAUUUGUGUUUUUAUGGACGCACAAUUAUUUACAAGGUUACAGUGUUUUAAUUUCUAUUUACAUUAACUGCUGUAUGUUGCUGAGUUUUUUACUGUAUUAAAGUGUCUAAUGGAAAUCCCAA